GUUAGAGGUAACAGUGAGUAAGUAGCUAGCUAGCCACAGUGGGAACUGCCCACCGACUGUACAAUAAAUAGUGUAAUUUAAGGUCUGUCGUCCAGGGUUUACCACCGAGUUAUACUUAACGAAAACAGAUUAAUCUGUCAUAGGGACCGGGUUCGAAAGGCACAUACGACGUGGAAAAUACAUGCAACAAAGGUGAAAUAUAUGAAGGAAGAGGUGGAGGGUUCCCCUGAAGAUGAUGAGGCGACUGAACCGGAAAAAGGCCCUCCAUUUGGUUCAAGAGCUGGAUGGUUUCCCUAAAGUUCCUCAAAGCUAUGUGGAGACAACAGCAAGUGGGGGAACAGUUUCUUUAAUAGCCUUUACAACCAUGGCUGUUUUAGCCAUUCUGGAGUUCUUUGUGUAUCAGCAUACCUGGAUGAAAUAUGAAUAUGAAGUUGACAAAGAUUUUUCCAGUAAAUUAAGAUUAAAUAUAGAUAUCACCGUUGCUAUGAGAUGCCAAUAUAUUGGUGCAGAUGUGUUAGAUUUAGCAGAAACAAUGGUAGCAGCAUCAGAUGAUCUAACAUAUGAACCAGUUAAUUUUGACCUGUCACCUCUGCAAAGAAUUUGGCAAAGAACACUGCUACACAUUCAGAGUCGACUACGAGAAGAGCAUUCGCUUCAAGAUGUUUUAUUUAAAAGUGUUUUUAAAGGAGCUCCAACAUCCUUGCCUCCAAGGGAAGAUAAUCCUUCACAGCCCCCCAAUGCUUGCAGGAUACAUGGACACCUGUAUGUCAACAAAGUUGCAGGGAAUUUUCACAUAACAGUGGGCAAGGCAAUUCCUCACCCGCGAGGCCAUGCUCAUUUAGCAGCUCUUAUUAGCCACGAUACUUACAACUUCUCACAUCGAGUAGAUCAUUUAUCAUUCGGGGAGGAAAUUCCAGGAAUUAUUAAUCCUUUGGAUGGAACAGAAAAAAUUUCAAUAGAACAUAAUCACAUGUUCCAGUACUUCAUCACAAUUGUGCCAACGAAGCUAAAAACAUACAAGAUCUCCGCAGAUACUCACCAGUUUUCAGUCACAGAACAGGAACGUGUAAUAAACCAUGUGACAGGCAGUCAUGGUGUAUCAGGGAUAUUCAUGAAAUACGACAUUAGCUCACUCAUGGUGACGGUGACCGAGCAGCACAUGCCGUUCUGGCAAUUCCUCGUCCGCCUCUGUGGCAUUAUUGGAGGGAUCUUCUCAACAACAGGAAUGGUACAUGGACUUGUUGGCUUCUUAGUGGACAUUGUCUGCUGUCGUUUUAAACUAGGUACUUACAAGCCUAAAGAUGUCAGUCUCCUGGAUGGACAUGUGAAUAACCACACAGCUCUGAUAACGGAAAACAACAAGCACUAGCUUAUGAACCAUCGUUCCCUUCCUUCUUCUCUUCUCAUGCAAUGCAAUGGUUUCACAAGACACUGGUGGGCUACAAAGGAAUACAACUUUUGAAAAAGAAAACAUUUGGGUACUUUUUUGUAGAUUGAAAAUUUCUAGUGAUCUUUAAGAUUGUCAUAUUAUUGCUAGGCAGAUUUCAUUUAAAGAUGCAGUAGAAUUUUUUAGAUCUAUGGAUGUAUCUUUAACAGAAUCCGUCUUGUUUUUCACCCAAGAUAAAGCAUAUCAUUUUGAGUGUCCAUGUUCUUAAUAAUUUAUUAAAUAAGCAGUUUAGUGUAUCACCACAAGUUGUAGAUACAAAGGUCUGUUAUCCACAAGGCAGCCUGUUUAUGCAAAACAGAUUUUAAUGGUAACAUAAUGAAACGUACAUAUGCAAGGUUUCAAAGAAUAUUCUGAAAAAUGGCUGCAUCUUUACCUUUUAAAAAAGAAUGGUAUUGUGUCAAGUCUUAUAAUUUUCACCUAUCAAGUGUAAUACAUGUUGAACAGAACAGUCCUUGAAAGUAAGUCUCAAAUUCUCCUAAGUUGUUGUCUCUGCUGUAUUGACAUGUCAUGAUUUAAAAGAGAAUUUUCACAAAAGUUAUACCGACCUCAGAUAAGAGGUACAAGAACAAAAGCGAUCUAAACCUGACCCUAAGGACGUGGAGGACAAACCGCUUCUGACUUAAGAAAAACGAUGUUCUUGUUCAGCAUGGCAGCCUUCAGCACGAUCUUGGGGGGUUCAUUCCACCUCCUUGGGCCUGUCUGGCCCACGGUAGAACCAGGCACAAAACAAAGCAUGUUAUUUCAAGUUUCAGGAUAAAUCAUUUCUCUAAAUAAAAACAACUACUUGACUUUAGAAAGAAAGUGAUCGCACGGAGUUUGCAGUACGCAGUAGUCCAGGAUGUUAAAUGACCCUCCAGGUAGGAAACCUUUUCCACACCUGGUCUUGACUUCAUUGGAUUCUUUUGUUCUGGUUCUUCUGAAAUCCUGUCACCCUCAUCCAUGUUUUAUUUUCCCAUUGGUGCUUCCAAAAACAAAAGCCCCUUAGAAUUAAGUCCUGUGUAGUGGGCCACUAUUAAAAUUAAUGUUGCUGUUUUACCAAGGACAGUAUUGGCCAGUAUUUGUUUUCUUACCUGUUUUUCAUAAACAUGCAUAUAACGUUUUCCCUUAAAGUCCUUGGCUUUAUAUGCAAAAGUGAAAACAUUCUUUUAAGCUGGUGUAUAUUAAAAAUAAACGGCUCUGUGUGUUCUAUUAUUAUUUUUCAUUCAAUAUUAUUUUCCUAUGCAGAGCCUAAAUUAGGAACAAAAAAAGGGACAAAAAAAAGGGCUUUUUAAGGUUUUAGCUUCACUAGGUGUAUGUACAAUUCUCAGUAUGUGUAGUAUCUUGUUCGAUACAUUGUUAAAUGGAAAAACUUUAGAAUAGUAAAAUUGACACUAGAAAAAAAAUUAUAUCCUCACUGUAUUUUGCUUUUAUUCUGUAGAACCUUUUUUCUUAUUCCUUUUCAUUCUGUAUUGUAAAGCACUGCAUAAUCGCUUAAGAUAAACAUAUUUUGAGGAUACAUUUAGACUUCUUUAAUUGUCUUAACAUUUUCUAAUACAUCCACUAAUCAUCGACUACCUUCCCUGAAGAAGCAGUCAAAGAUUAAGUUGGUAAAUUGUUUCAGUAAAACUAGUCAGUGCUUUAUGUUCUAAAAAGUGAGCUAGUCAGUGGUUGCUCAAAAAAAAAAAAAAAAAAAAAAAAAAAAAUCAGUUUUAAGUUGUUCACCAAAUAGCCACAUGGUAUAUAAAGUAAACGGCAAUCCUGUAAAUGUCUGUAACUGUGUGCAAUUUAUAAUGUUUUUAAAUAGCGUGCUUAUGUUUUCAACUGUACUGAGUGGUUAUUUAUGUAAGAUGACCUUACACAGCCAGGAAAAAAAAUAUUUGGGCCUGUAGGUCUGUCUGGGUCCAAAUGAAACUGGGGUGAUCUACAGCAAAACCCCCAAGGCUGACAAGGUCCUAGAAACUAGCAUUUUGGAACAUUAAUCAUAACCAAUAGCUGUUAAGACAGUUAAGAUUUAAGCUAAUGUCAUUGAUAAUAGUGAAAACCAAGAUAUACUGUAUCUUUUCUUGCCUAUGAACUUCGUUAUUCUUUCAGUACACAGGAGCAAAGAGGUAUCUUAGAAGCCAUAUUUUUUUCUGUUUUUGCUUUUCCUUCAAAAACAUCACGACCGCAAAAUUAUUUGAACCACACGUGAAGAUACUCUACCCAUACCAAGCAAUCCUAAAAAAAUACUAAUUUUAGAGUGUUGCAGAGAGCAAUGACAUGUAAUGCAUUUGACUAUGCAUUCUAUGACUAUUCAUUUAAAUAAACCCCAGAUACAUGUAUUUUGUAUUGAUAAAAAUCAUUGUGCUGUGUCACUGCCAAAGUCUGCAGUCAAUAGUAACAGUUUAUUUCUGUGUCAUUUGUUUUUUUCACAAAGAAGAUUAUGCUUUAGGAAGAAAUAUUUGAAGACAUCCAACAUUAUGUUAAAUACA